AUGCGGUUUAUGGUGAUUCAAGUGGUCGUCUACAGGGCCCUCGGUGCCUUGUUGCUAUGGCCCUCCGUGGUUGCUUCCCAGCAGCACCAGCAGCCGCGGAUCGCCUUGAAGCUGACAGAGGAAGCCCAGGCAAAGCAACAAGAUGAUCCUGGGUUCAUCGCUUCCCUCAUACAGCAAGCCAGCCCGGCGUCAUUCAGGCUGUCGGCAACCGAGGAGAUCUCUGUCGACCAGAUCUUGAAGUCCCACCUCCUUGACGACCUUAAAGCAAGGGUAGUCGCCAUGCGAAAAUUGGAUACCACCUUCAAAGUACCCAACUUCGAGGCGUGGUACAAUAUUCAGGUUGGGUCAGGCGGCACGGGGGGGCAAGCACGGAGGGCUGAUGAGAAUGCCGCACAAGAUACCACAGGGACGGGCGAGCCGAGGCUAGCUUUGCCGAAGUACACGGUUGAGCUUAUUCAUCAGCUUUACCAGCUCCCGGAGGUCGAGAGCGCGCACGCGCUUCAUCCCGGCCCGCCACCCGGGGUCAAUGCCGGCGACGACCCUCGGAGCAGAUACCAAGGUUACCUUAACGCGGCGCCUCAGGGCAUCAAUGCACGUUACGCUUGGGGAUUCCCAGGAGGGAAUGGCGAGGGGGACCUGGCUACCUCUGGCAUUACCCUGAUCUCGGGCCGAAACCAAGCUUGGUUUGGACACGGUACAAGCGUUCUCGGCGAGAUGUUCAUGGUUGACAACCAGAUCGGCGGGGUUGGGAUCGUCCCCGCGGCCAAAGGAAGGGUGGUCUCGCAGCACCGUGAAGAUUGGACGUACAACACGGCCGACGCCAUUCUGGACGCAGCCGCCCACUUGAGCUUCGGUGACAUCAUCCUGGUCGAGGCACAAGAGUACGACCCUGUCAGCGGCGUGUAUGACUGGCCGGUCGAGGUUGUCGACGUGAACUUCGACGCCAUCCAGCUCGCAACGGCGAUGGGCAUCACCGUCGUACAAGCCGGGUGCAAUGGCCGCAAUGACCUUGAUCAGUAUACCAGCCUGUCUGGGAAACGCAUCUUCGACCGUUCCAGCCCGGACUUCCGCGACUCUGGCGCCAUCAUGGUCGGUGGCGCGAACCCUUUGGUUCCUCAUACCCCAUGGUUCAGCUCCAACUACGGUUCCCGUAUCGAUGUGUAUGCGUGGGCCGAAGGCGUCGAGACGGCCGACACCGACGACACCGGAACCGCAAACUCGUACACGAGCUCCUUCCGCGGCACAUCCAGCGCAUCGCCCAUCAUCGUCGGUACCGCAGCCAUCAUCCAAGCCAUAUCACAGAAGAGACACAACACCAAAAUGCACCCCAUCGAACUGCGCCGAAUCCUCACCACAACCGGCGGAACCCCCAGCGCGGACCCAGCCACCGACCGCAUCGGCAUCAUGCCCGACCUCAAAACCAUCAUCGACACCAUCUUCGCCGGCGCCAACCACACCUCCGACCCCCACACCCGCGACCACACCCCCCUCGCCAAACCAGCCGGCACCCUCGGCACCGCGAUCGUCACGACAACCAACCCCUCCCUCCCACACCCCGCCAUCCCGGGAACACGCCCACUCCAUGUACCUCUGCCUCCUCAACCGCGGCAGCAACCCGCCGACCCCGCCACCGCUAUAGUCUACUGGUUGCCGCGGUCGCGCCGGGGGGUGGGCAAGCCCGUGAUGCCGCGGUUGGGGUGGACGGCGCCGGUGGGGGGGUAUGGUUGUGGUGGCGGGUACUGGUUUGUGGCGGUGGUUUGGGCGGGGCCGCAUCCGGUUCCUGUGAUGCCGGCCGGGGUUGGGGAGUUUGUGGCGGUGGUGGUGCGAGGGAGUAAUAUUGUGGGUAGGAAUGGGACUGGGAUCCAUCGGUUUCCGGUGAGGAUUCGGCGGGCGUUUGAUGAGUCGAGGGAGUUUAUAGUCAGAUGUGUUAGGAGGCUGCCUGAGGGGUCGAGGGUCAGGCUGCAAGUCCCGCAGGUGCUGGCGGGGGCGAUAAAUGUGAAGGCAUGUGGUCGUCGUGGUGCGGAUGGUCAGGGGGUUGUGGUUGUGAAAUUGGAACCGGGAGAAAUGGCGAAGGUUCCGGAUGAAGCGUACGAGUAUGCUCUUGUACAGCAGUGGCAAGGGGUUGCGGUGGGAAGGUAAAGCGGAGGUUUGGUCCUGUGGCUGAAG